AUGUGAUGACAGUGUGGUAAUUAUUAUGUUUAUUUGCGUAUCCAACUGACCACUGUAAAACUUUGUUUCAAGACCAGAAUUCACAAAAAUUGGUCUUAAUUAUCUAGGUGUUUGAUGCUAAAAUACAAAGCCACAAGCAUUUAAAACUCAUAGUAACUGUUUUAUAUAACCCUUGAGCCAAUUGCCCAUGUGACAACUAGCCCCAGACUCUUCUACAUUUCCAAACAGAAGCAUUGUGUUGUUUCGGUACAGAUACACAUAUAUAAUUCAAAAGCAUUUAUCAAAGCUAUCAGGUUCCACAGAGUUCAGCAGACAACAUGAACACAUUAAAGUGUCCCACGUCUACCAGACACUAGUGACCAGGAAGUCCAGCAUAGUUCGGCAGCACUCGCAGCUAUUUUUAAGCCUGGCAACCACACAAUGUUCAGCUGCAACCUGAUGCUGUGCCAGGUCACAUUGCGAGUGAGGGUUUAAGGCGGUUAGUGUGGUUCUCUCAGGCUUUACCCAUCCAGCAUUACCCAGGCAUGUCUGGGGAAGAGCUUGUACCCUCUGUGGUCUCCUGCAACCUGGAGCUUCCCAACUGUAUGAACUGGAUAAUGAAAAACAAUGAGGAAAACGUAAAAUUGGAGAAAACGGUGGACCGGAUAUUAGAGGGAAGCUCUGGAGAUGAAUCCGAGGAGGUGGAACCUGACCCCCCACCGGUAGCCGUACGAAGAAAGGUGUCAUUUGCAGACGCUUUUGGUCUGGACCUGGUUUCCGUGAAGGAGUAUGACAACCAGGAUUCAUCAGGGCUGGAGGCAAAUAGUAGAGAAGCUGAGGAAUGCUACAUCUCUUGCCUCUUUAAUAUCUCAGUGUUGCACCAGGACAUGGAGGUGAGACUUCAGCAGCAGAAGAUUGAGCUGGAGCGCAUUGAGCUGCUCCCUGGAUCCACCACAAUCCGCGGCAUCAUCCGCGUUCUAAACCUCUGCUUCCACAAAGCCGUCUACGUCCGUGUCACUCUGGACGGCUGGCAGAGCCACUUCGACCUGCUAGCAGAGUACAUGCCUGGGUCCAGUGAUGGCGAGACGGACUGUUUCUCUUUUCACCUCAUGUUGAUGCCUCCAUUCCAGGUCGAAGGGUUGCGGGUGGAGUUUUGUCUGCGGUAUGAAAGUGCUGUUGGAAUCUUCUGGGACAACAAUGGAGGGACAAACUACAUUGUUUUCUGCCACCAAAGACGAAGGAGCGAUCUGAAAGAGAAAGAGAAAGAAAGUGAAAAGGAGAAGUCGAUAGAGGAGAGUAACCAAAAAGGUAUCAGGAGCUGCCUUAAAACAAUCAGUAAAAAGACCUACUCGGAGGCGACACCUGCAGAGGCAAGCGGUAAGAUCUCAGAACAUGUCACACCCAAGGCCGGGCAUACUGAGGAGAACAUAACAGAAAAAGAAGUAGGAAUAAAUUCCUUCAAAUCCCUUAAGGACUGCUGCAAAACUCUGGUGGAUCGUCGUAGGAAACGUCAAGCUGCUCGUUUGGCACACGCGCAGGACUACUUUGCUAAGAAAGCAAUGGAAACCCAGAUGGGAUAUAAUUCCAACACAGAUGAAAGUACCACAUCCAUCCCAAGGCUGAGUAUACCAAGUAGAACCGACUUGCCGGUUGUCCACGGCCGACAAGGAUACGGUAUGGACACACCACCAAUACUAAUGUACCACCAGAUCCCUUUGCUUUCCCUGGAUUGGGGCAGUACAACAGCAAACCCUCCAGAUGCCUACCGUGAAACAAGCCAUCAGGAAGAAGAUCACCAAGCCCUAUCGACCUUUAAGGCCUGGGAAGCUUUUCUUAAUGGCACUGAUACGCAGGACCAAGUAUGUGUCCGUCCAGAGUCAGAAGUUGUAGCUUUAAGGGACAAAGUCGUAGUCCCAACGGAGGACAAAGGAGUUGAGAAAGACCUAAGCAAAGCGUCUGCUGACAGGAAAGCAAUAGAAACUGUAAAAUUUGAUCCUGUAGUAGAGCAAUCAAAGGAUCUGAGCAUGAGUCCUUCUAGAGAUCAGGUUGUGGAUUACCAACUAGUGAAAGAGCCAAGGGUCACUACCCUACCAUGUUCUGCCCAGGGAUCAGAGCCAGAGAGUGCGGUAAGUGAGUUAGAGACCUCUCGUGACCGCCAAGCCCCACAUCAUGAGCACACAAGCCGAUCUUGGAGUCAAGACAUGACUAAAGCAAGCCCUGGGGGCGAAACUCGAACCUCACAUGACACUGAGACUAAGAAUUCAGAAGCCGGAGAUGGAAUCUCACCUGAAGAAUGCAUGGGCAGCUCCGACACCUCAAAGGUUAAAGAAAACACACACAGAGCGGUCAAAGACACCCUGACAUUUACAGCGAUCAGGGACGUGGCGCUCACAAAUAGACAGGCCGAGGGAUGUUCUUCAGAAAGGAAGGAUAUAAAUAAAGAUGCCAGUGAGGAGCAGGUGGAAAUGAGGGAAGAACUACAUGAAGAGGAAACGGAAAGCAGUAGAAAAGGAAAAGAUAAGACAACUACAGAUCACAGCACAGAAAUACAGAACGUUUCAUCGUGCGAGAGGGAAGCAUUUAAUGAGAACGAAUUAUGCACGUCGAACAAGAUUUUAAACAAAGACGGUUCAGAGCUACUGAAAAUCGAAAAGAGGCGUUUUGAGGCAAACAAAGGACUUCAAAUGAAGGAGCGACUGAAUGAGACGACUAUAGAACCUGCUAGUGCUGAAGAGCUUGUAGAGGACUCCCAAGCAGUGGAUGACAAUUGUACAGAUGGAGAAGAGAAAGAGUUUGAGAGUCAUGCUACCAAAUUUGUACCCACCCACUUACCUACCUAUCCAACAGUUAGCAUUUUCUCAUCCAGGCACCUCCUUCAGACAACAUCUGCAAAGGAAAGAGAGGUCACUUUUGCAGAGGAGGACUUUGAGCUUGGGAAGACCCUCAGAAACGUUCAAGAACCCCAGCGACUGGAUGGAGAGGAUGAACUCUCCACGCCGUUACCCAGCAUUCACCUGUCCUGGGUGGACGGCAACAGCAGUAGGCUGUUAUCAUGGUGGAGGGAGCUCUGCUCGCUGGGUCACAUGGCCAAGGCUCUUGUGUAUGCUGUUCUGUUUGUGAUCUUCAUAACGGCGUAUCUCUACGACCUGCCGACCUGCAUGGCCCUCUAUCUGUUUUCUCUGUGCUGGUGGUGCAGCCAGGGCAUGAAGCAGCGGGCCUGUCGAUGUGGACUGAGACCAGACAGGAAGCUCUUGAAAGUUUCUGAAGAAGUUCUUGUCAAAUUAUGUGACUCUGAAAUGAAAAGUGACACAAAGUGAUUCUACGGGCCCAAAAUCACUUGACAAAAUGAGAUUUAGGUGGCAUUUUUCUUUCUUUCUUUCUCCUCACUUGUGUUCCCGUUAAAAGUCCAGUUUGAGACAGAAGUCUUUUAAUAUAAUCCUAAAUUCAAACUGCUAGAAUAAUGGAAAUGUGCUAAUCCAGUUUUGUGAUAUAAUUAAAUGACAGAAACACUCUUAUAAUGUCAAAGAAAACAACACAAAUAUAUUUCGAUGAAAUACAAAAACUCCUUAAAAGAAGAUAAAAUUACUAAACAAGCAACAGUGCAUAAGAUAUGAAGACUUAUUCUGAUUUUCAUUUAGUGCAUCCUGUAAAAGUGUAAAAGAAAAACAAAAUCAGACAAAAUACACUGAUAUUAAAGACACAGUCUCUUAAUAUCACAUACAUUGUUGCUUCUUAAGUAAAUUUAUCUUUAUUUAGAUAUUUAAAUUGGAAAAUUACAGAAAAUCUGUUGUAUGAUUAUGUGAUUGUUGUGCUGUGUGUCGCCCAAUGUCAAAUUAUAAGAAACUUAACAUAUUGUAACAUAUUGUUUUCUCCUGUUUUUGGUUUAGUAGGGGAGAGAGGGACGUUCCCUGUUCAUUUAUUUGUGUCUUUUAGGAAGGUAAGUUCGAUUUUCCUUAACCAUAGAAAGAGUUGAUUGUUUUUGUUGUUGUUGUUUUGGCUCAUCCCCCUCCUGAGACUAUAUGACUAUUUCUGUUUCCUUUUUGUUUCUUACUUAAACUAAAAGCUUUAAAUUUUAAUUUACCAAAUUAAAUGUCUUGGUUGUAAUGCUGGAGCUCGAGAUUGGAAGACCUCCUUGUCUCUCUCAAAUUAUUUAACAUUGUCAGGUGUUCCUAAUACCCCUAGACUGGGGGGCGACGUAACAAUACAAAAGCAUUUCAUCAUGAGCCUUUGUAUCAAAAAGUGUCAUGAGGAUCAGUAUUCAGUCCCAAACUUUUGACUGGUACUGUACCUUUAUGUAAUGUUUCACAGGGUUCAUACAAAGGCAUAUUGAAUGCACUAUGUAGCCUGUGAGGACACAGCUGCAUUUCAUGUCUCUUUGGGGAUGUGUGUGACGGACGUGACAUUUCCUGCAAAUCCCACCAUGUCUCUGUCCCCAAAAGAGAGAGGGAGAGAUACAGAGGCUGGAGAAAGAACAGGGCUUCUCGACCCUCUGAUCUGUGAAUAUAACUCUAUGAAAUUCAAAAUUUCCCUCAUUUACUCAGCCUCAUGUCUGCAGGAACACACAAUGAGUUUUCAUGCUCUUCUCCAUGCAGUUACAAAGAAUCUUUAAGGCGCCAUUAAAAAUUCAUAAAGUAUCAUAAAAGUAGUCUAUAUGUGAAUACGGUGCAAUCUAUAAUGAGCCUAAUUUACAUAAAAACAUUGUGUGUUUGGGCUCAAAAGAAUGCAUGAUUUUUACACCUUGUUGAACUGGAUUAUGGGUGUUUAGUAAAGGUGCAUUAUUUUGAGCUGAAAUACAACACUGUUUAUUGAAUUUGCCAGUGUGUUGGUCUUUGUAUAAGCUUGUUUUAAUUUCGGACAAAUGCAGAUCGCUGUUUAUAUGUGAGUGUGAUAGAUAUGUUCUCUGUGAGUGUGUGUGUGUGUGUGUGUGUGUGUGUGUGUGUGUGUGUGUGUGUGUGUGUGUGUGUGUGUGUGUGUGUGUGUGUGUGUGUGUGUGUGUGUGUGUGUGUGUGUGUGUUUCUGCAGUCAUAUGAUCCAGUCUACUAUGACUCUGACCUUUCGGUGUCUGGCUGCUGACCUCACUCGAGCUCUUUACUGUUAUCAAUACCUCUAUUCACAGCAACAUUUACUAAUAUUAAGAGCACUAAAAUCCCCAAAAGGAGGAAGCUAAGAAUUAUAUUUUUAUUUAUUCACACAUAAGGCAUAAGGCUGGAUAAGGCUUAGUUUAUAUUGCUAAAAGAAUUAUACUGUAUUACCAUCUAACGACAUUCAAAGGGCAACUAAACUUCUCAAAUGUGUUUUUAAACUUGUCUGUAGCAAAUAAUAUACAUUUAUGUACUGUCCUUCUAUGCAAUUUCAUGUAUUUACAUUGCAUACAGUGUUUAAGUGUUUGCAGACGAUCCAGGCAUUCACACAUGGUAUUUUGUGUCUGCAGUAGAAAAAAAAUAAAAUGAAAGUGAAAUAAACUGACCACUAAAU